CCAUUACGGCGGUGAGACGAGCAAAGUAAAAAGUAGUGCGAACUUGGUUGGGAUAUUUCUGGAAAAUGCGAAGGUCUAUAAAUCUUAAAAUCGGUAAACGUGUACAUGGGAAAGUGAUAAAAGCGUGCGAUAAUAGUAAAAUUGACAAACGGGCUACAGUUGGGUUAAUCGCUAUCUAAUAUUUGGGCGUAGGAAUACGGAUUUUCUCCCAUAACCUCGACUCGUGUUAUUGGAGUGUAGGGAAUAAAGUUGAGUGUCAGAUGUGUCGAUCAUUUGGUAAAACCGUAAGUUUCGUGUGGAAAAUCGUGGUUUGGGUGCCGCUAACGGAUUUAUUAUGCUACGGCGCGUGGUUCUGGUUAAAGAUGUGAAAAUAAAAGGCGGAGUAACGGUACGAUCAGGGUGUUGGCAGUUCGUAGCCGAUCGCGGCCGUUUCUCUUAACAUGGCUGCGACACAGGCCGAAAAGCAACAAAAUGACGUGAGCGGCGAAAAAGUGCAGCCGGAUCUGAAUGUUAGGAGCGCGCUGUUGCAGAAUGGGACCGAUAAAGGUAGCGUUAGGUCUGGUUGUGGCGUAGCGGUGAGUAAAACGAAAAACACCGGCCCUAAAACUCUCGGUUUAGACAUGAGUCAAUACCGAUCCGAGAGCGGCGGCGGCGGCGAUAGUGAACAAAGUUUAAACGAUUCGGUGCCGAACUCGGAGUAUCCCGCGUCCACGGCGGCUGCCGAGGGAGACGGCCACGCCGCCGCCGCGGCCGCAGCAGCAGCGGCAGCCGCAGCAGCAGCAGCCGCCGCCGCCGCCGGCUACGGCAUCCCCUUCGGCGAAGGAGGAGGUGCUGGCGGCGUCGGCGGAGGAGGAUUUCACUUCCCGCCGCGUCAACCGUACGGCGGCGGCGGCCCCCCUGGCCCUGGUCCGGGCCCCGGCGGACCUUCGGCGGGUUCCGCUCCGGGUGUCGCGAACAUCGGAAACAUCGGAAAACAACAAUCGCCCGGGGGGCCCCCGGUCCACGGGCCGCACGGCGGGCCCCACGCGCCCCACGCUCCCCACGCUCCUCACCAAGUGGUGCCCCACCAAGGCCCUCACGCUCCGCACGGGGCUCAGCCAGCGCCUACUCAGCGCAUCUUCUCCGGCCAGGCGAUCUCUCAACCUACGGGACCGACGCCGACCCUAAAUCAGCUGUUGCAAAGCAACAAUCCCGUAAUCCGCUAUCAAAACAACUACGGACAUCCGGAACCCCCUUACGGGCAGACCUGCGGAACUUGGGCCCCGCAGAAACCCGUCGCGCCCUACUCGAACAACCCGCCGACGUCGGUUUACAGAAAUCAACAAACGCUCUCGCCUGGAUACAGCGGGUCGUCUUCGUCUAGCCCAGGUUAUGGUGAACCUAGAGGAGGUUGGCCUGGGGCUCAAGUAGGUGGACAACACGGUCCCGGUAGUCCAGGACCACCUUCUGGUUCCGGUUCUGGUGGCGCGAGUCAACCAUCACCACAACCCUCGCAACCACCAAGUCAUUCACCUGGACCCGGACUUCCCCCAAGUCCUCAACAUCAACCAUCUACAGCGUCUUCACAUCAGGGUUUCCCCAAUCGGCCUGCGCAACCGACUACUCCAAACGCGCAUGCACCAGACCAAGCAGAUUUGAGUGGUGGUAACAGCAACGAUAGCUCUGGAGGAGCGGCCCCGGGAACCCCAAAUUCUCAAGGAAUGCGACCUACACCAAGCCCGACAGGUUCCACAGGUUCAAGGUCUAUGUCUCCAGCCGUAGGUCAGCCAAACAUUCCCCAACCGCCCAGACCGUCGAGUGGGCAAUCGGACGGAAGUGGAAACAGUCGAAUGAGCCAUUCUCCGAUAGCGACGCAAGGAAACCAAAGCACUUACCCGCCCCAUCACGUCCAUCCGGGCUACAAAGGGCACCCCGGUAUGGUCUCGCAAGGUGUCGCAGGGCAACCUUUACCUCUUUACCAACCAAACCAGCAAUAUUCUCAGGGGGCGUACCCCGCCAGGCCACCCGGAAACAUGCAGUACCAAGGCUAUACGCCUGGUUCGCAAGCGCCCCCGAGUAAUCAUUUGCCCCAGCAGUAUGCGAACAGAAGUGGGGCGGCGCCAGCACCGAAUCACAUGUCCAACUCGCAGUUUCCACCGUAUCAACAACAGUGGCCGGGGACGGCGGGUUCCUCCUCCGGUUCUGGAAAUCACGUGGCCCCUUCAGUUUCGGCUAGCGGAGGCAAGAGCGCUCCCGGUGGCGGCGCCCCUCCACAAGCUUCGUCUCCGUCAUCGGGAUCGCCAAGACAGCCACACUACCUCAAGCAACAUUUACACCACAAGAUGGGAUUCGCGAAUGUUACUCCUUCGUCGAUGCCCCCGAGCCCGAGCCCUCCGCAAAAUUACCACAUGGGGCCGCCGACAGUCGGCCAUCACAUGUCCGGGAUGGGACCUCCUGCAAGUAUGGGGCCGCCGCCUACCGCUAGCCCAUUGAUAACAAAUAAUCAUCCCCAACCUCCUCCGAGCUCUACUCCGAACUCUCAUAAUCAAAUGGCAUCCGACAUGAUGGAUAACGGUAUUACUACGAUAGCUAGCGGAAAUUUAUCUACAAAUGUUACAUCGGCGGCUGCAGGUUCUGUCACGUCCGUCGUUACGACAGGACCGGACGGAACGCCAGUAGACGAAGGUUCGCAGCAGUCUACAUUAUCGAACGCUUCAGCAGCUUCUGGUGAAGAUCCCCAAUGUCCUACAUCCAAAGUUCGAAAGAACGAUAUGGGCCAUUAUAGCCACCCUACGACGCCCCAGAGCACUGUGCCUUCGUCCCCGGCAGCAAGUAUGAAUUCUCACGAGGAGUACGAGCAACUUAGCAAUCCAAGUUGGCCGAGGACACCAGCGAGUCCGGUUUUUAAUAGUCAUGUGCCACCAACGGACACGUACAGAUCAAAGAAAACGGAUAGCUUGAGUAAAUUAUACGAAAUGGACGAUAGUCCGGAAAGGAGAGCGUGGCUGGACAAACUUUUAGCUUUCAUGGAGGAACGUCGUUCUCCGAUAACAACUUGUCCCACCAUAUCGAAGAAUCCCUUAGACUUGUUUAGGUUAUAUGUUUACGUUAAGGAACGGGGCGGAUUUAUGGAGGUUACAAAGAACAAAACAUGGAAAGAUAUAGCUGGUAUGCUGGGAAUCGGCGCGUCGUCCAGCGCUGCGUACACGCUUCGCAAACAUUACACGAAAAACUUACUCGCCUACGAAUGUCAGUUUGAUAGAGGCGGAAUCGAUCCCCAACCUAUUAUAAGUCAAGUAGAAGCAAGCUCAAAGAAAAAAGGCGCAAAGGCCGCUUCGGUGCCGUCUCCCGGAUCUUCAAAUUCUCAGGAUUCUUUUCCAGCUCCAGGAUCUGGCGGACAAUCUAUGGACGGAUAUUCUGGGUAUGGUUAUCCUCCGGGAACGAACCCUGAUUUUAAUGCACCAUCUCAAAGAACUUCCUCCCAAAUAAAUGCACCGUCGCCGCAUGCAGGUGCUGGAAAUGCAAAUCACAUGGGUAGCGCUCCUUCAACAACUUCGAAUCCAGCCGGAGGUCCUUCUGAUAACGUAAAUGUUUCUAAUCCUUUUGACGAUGUCUCUCCAAGUCCGCCACCAAGAGGAGGUCCGUUCCCAAGUGGAACUCAUCCACCGUAUUCAGCAGCAACUCCACCACGCCCACAAGGCCAAGGACAAAGUUACGCCGGCCAAGCCGGCUAUAAUCAAUAUCCAGGUCCAGGACCCGGAGCUCCACCAGACCAAUAUUCUGCAUACGCUGGUGGAACGGGAUAUGCUUCACCUAGACCAUAUAAUCCAACACCUUAUACCGGUGAUAACGCAGCCGCCACAUCGGCCACUAAUACGCAAGGAGUUGCGGCACAAGGACAAGACUCGUAUACGCGCUACGGAAUGGCUAACGCUCCAGGAAGCGGAUACACAGCAAGGACUGGGGGAUACGGUGGACCACCACCUAGUAGCGGUGCACCGCCCCCAGCUCAACCACCUACGCCUUACGCGGGACAACAAGAAUAUUAUUCGCCUAACCAACAGAAUUAUCCGGGACAACAACCAAACGCUGGGAGUGGAAGUUAUCCUGGGGUGCAACCUCAAAACAAAAACAUGCCUCCGCCACCAAGAAGACAUCCGGACUUUGCAAAGGAUCAACAAGGUUACCCACAGUAUGGUCAACAGAGACCCCAACUUUACACCGGUUGGACGAAUAAUAAUCAAUUUAGAAGUCAAUACACACCAGGUACGGGUGGCCAACAAUGGAAUCAAGGUAAUAGGCAACCUGGACAAUGGGAUAGAUACUCGCCUAACCAAGGAUAUCAGCCGUCACCGCAAGGAAACCAACCGUGGUCGGGUAUACCAACGCCCGGAGUGCCACCAAAUUCCGCGUUGAGACCACCAAUGGGUCCGCGGCCAGGAAAACCCUUCAAUAUGCAGCCACAACAACCGGGUAAAAGUGCGCAAGCGCAGGUGCCGCCAUCGGGUUCGUACAACCAAAGCCAACUUCCGAAACGAGAAAUUACGUUUCCACCUGAAAGCGUUGAAGCUACGAUGCCGGUGCUUUAUCGUAAAAAACGAAUAUGUCGAACGGAUUUGGGAUCGAUAGACGCCUGGCGCGUGAUAAUGUGUCUACGUUCAGGUUUACUUUUAGAGAGUUGUUACGCGUUGGACGUAUUAAACGUACUGUUAUUUGACGACUCGUCAGUGGGUUAUUUUUGUUUGAAUCAGUGGCACGGUUUGCUAGAUCUGCUUUUAGAGCAUUUACGAAAAAAUUUAUCCGACAUGUUUGACGGUCCUUUCCCAAAGGUCGAAAAGGAGAAGGAUAAAGAAAGUACCGACGAAUCGAUAGAAGUAGAAGUGGACCUUGGGGGUGUAGUGACUCCAAUAGACCCUGAUAACAGAACUUUAGUGUUGAACAAAACGGAAAAUUAUACACUUAAUAGUAGGAAAGGGUGUCCGAUAAAAUUAAUAGAUAGAAGCGAAGAUAUAUUCGUUAGAGAUCAUCAUAAAAAUUGGGAUACCAGAGGAGACGCGGCAGGUAUCGAUUUACUCGCCGAGGUAAUCACCGAUCCUUGGCACCAAAUGUCGGAACAUAUACUUCCGACAUUUCAAGCUGAAUUCGGACGAAUACCAUUCAGCAGAAAAUUGGAAGAAAAAGCUAAAUCGGAGACGAAGCCUCCCGUGUCGUCGUCGUCGUCACCGUGGAUUGGAAAAGAAGUGGAAACGCCUCGAACGCCGCCUCCGCCGCCAGACGUAACAAAUAUUAGUGAGAAAAUAAAGCGAAGGACAAAAACUUUAAGUGAUGUGAUAUCUCGAAUUAAAAAGGAGUCCGCGUCCGAGGAAAACGGAACGUUACCUUCGGACAUUAAGGGCCGCAUUAAGACUGAACCCGCUAGCGACGAGCCGAAAGAUCUGAAGGCGGCGACGGUAGCAUCGCCAGUUACGACUCCCACAACAGCAACAACUACAACGGCAACCGUUGUUCCUGCCGCAACAACAACCGUAGGCGGCGUUAACGGAACUGGAAAUAACGCCAACGGUACCUGUCUCAACAUUAAGGAUACAGCAUGCACCUUAAAACGGCGCCGUAUGUCCGACUACGAAGACGAAGCCUACAGUCGUGAUGAAGCCAGUUUGGUUUUACUUACGGAAAGUCAGGAUUGCGUGGGUAGACGAUGCAUCUGCAUAUCAAACAUUCUGCGCAGCUUGACAUUCGUGCCUGGGAACGAAGCCGAAUAUGCGCGCAGUUCUACGUUUUUGGCAUUAGUGGGAAAAUUAUUACUAUUCCAUCAUGAACAUCCACUGCGCACACUAAAAACUAGAAAUUAUGAUCGCGAGGAGGAUGCCGACUUCUCGGAUUCUUGCAGUAGUUUACAAGGCGAAGGAGAAUGGUGGUGGGAUUUCCUGCUGCAGAUACGAGAAAAUAUUUUGGUAUCAAUAGCCAACGUCGCCGGUCAAAUAAAUCUGGAUCAAUAUCCGGAAGAGGUAGCUCGGCCGUUAUUGGACGGAUUGCUUCACUGGGCGAUAUGUCCGUCCGCGCAGGGUCAAGAUCCGUUUCACUCUGUGGGUUCGUCGUCGUUGUUGUCGCCGCAACGGUUGGCGUUGGAAGCGCUCUGCAAAUUGUGCGUGACCAAUAAUAACGUGGACCUGGUUAUUGCGACGCCACCGUUUUCGCGUUUAGAACGGCUAUGUGCGGUAUUGACGAAGCACUUGUGCCGGUCCGAAGAUCAAGUAUUGCGGGAGUUUUCGAUAAACUUACUACAUUAUUUGGCCGCAGCCGACAGUUGUAUGGCACGCGUGGUCGCGUCUCAGCAGCCGUGCGUUUCGCUGUUGGUGGCCUUUAUCGAACAGGCCGAAAUGAGCGCGUUAGGUGUCGCCAAUCAACACGGUAUAUCGGCCCUACGCGAAAACCCCGAUUCGAUGGGAACUAGUUUGGACAUGCUUAGACGUGCCGCGUCCACGUUAGUUUUUUUAGCGGAACAUCCGGAUAAUAGGCCUCUACUCGUUCAGCAAGAGUCGCGUUUGCUGGCGUUAGUGAUGAGCCAAAUACUCGACCAGCAGGUGGCGUUACUUUUGUCGAAGGUGCUGUACAAGAUAUCCCACAGCUAAUCCCCUUGUAGAUACUUUUGCGGCCUUUGGACUGUUUCGGACUGUUUUUUUUUUGGACUGCAGACCGUGUACAGAAAUGUAUAGAGUGAUUUAAAUGAAAAAUAAAAGAAAUAAAAAUAAAAAUACUUCUACCUAAUCUACCGAUAAUUAAGUGAAAAGUGUGAGGUCGUCAAGUGUCGAUCCAAGAAUAAUGUGGAGAUUUCUAAAUACGAUUUCUCCGUUAAAACUUAUCCGACGUAGUAUAAUCCGUGUACCAUUUUGUAAAUUAAGCAAUUGUCUUUCUGGAAGAAAAGAAAAAAAAUGAAAAUGUUAUACAUUCAUGUUAAUUAUGUAUUUAUUCGUUUCUUUCAAAGCACCACACCACCUCGUACUUGUACACUGUCUCUUUAACUACGCUUUGCGAACACCGCGAUUAUUACGAAUAUCGCGAACACCACCGGCCAGACCCGCCUUUAAACUGCUGGCAAUACAAAGUGACCAAGAAAAAGACUGGAAUAAAGCUUCUCCUUUCAUUUUUACCACUAGUUUUUCAUAGUCGUGUCGUUCUAUACCCUAUCACUUUUCCAUAUGCUUUAUCAUACGACCGAGGUUUUUUUUUUGUUUUCAUGUACAAACAAAAUUUUAAUUGCAAAUAAAAGAAUUCAUUGUAUGUGUAUAUAUACGCGUACACGCGUGCGCUGCUCAUACAAACGCGUGUGUGCGCGUAUACGUGUAUAUUUUCCCUGUAUAUACGCUGUAUAUAGUUAAAAAACAGGUACAUAUAUAAAUAUAUAUAUAUAAAUAAAAUUGCGUUUGUAUGUAUCUCGAAAAUAAAAAAAAAUGAUGAAAGUUUUCAAAGUACAAUACGAUCCUUGAACAAAUAAGACCUUUGAACAUAAGGCAAAGUAUAUGUUGUUGUUGUGAAAACGCGGUGGCCUGUCCGUUUACAUUUGGUAUGCAGUUCUUUUUUUAUAAAUAAUAAUACAUAUAAAACGUGUAGACGUGCAGCGUGAUGGAAAGUGAUGUAAAUUUUUAACUUCCAAAGUUUAUAUGAAAUGCUUUGGCAACUCAGCAGGAUAAUUUUUAAUUUUUAUUAUUUUAUUUUGUCCGUUUCUUGUGUAGAUUUUUUUGUGCGAUUCAUCCACUGUUCCGCUUUAUUUAGUUAUUGUUACUACGGAUCUUGUAAUUAAAUAGGAAUUAUUUUCGUAUACGUUAUUGUCGUGUUAAUGCAACAUCUAGUGUAUUAUAUAGUUAUUUUUCCUGUAGUUUGAAUACUUUCUAUUAUAAUAGUUCGAUAUCGAAUGAUGUAAAUAAUUUCCAUUUUACAUAAAAUAAUUCUUUUAUUAGUAUAUCUUUCGAGUAUUAUUAUUAUUAUAUAUAUUUUUGUUUAUUAUAACAUCGACAGGAAAAAUUUUACCUAGCGAAUAUGAGGUUAAUCUUUUUUUUAAUUUCUAUAUAAAUAAAUAAUAUAAUAACUGAGCGGAAACACCUUGAAAAUAUACGAAAAUUAUGAUAAUGUAAUCAAAACUAGGUACAUUUCCGUUAUGGCCACACUAUCGUAGUUGCGAUGUGUAUAAUUAAUAAAACAGCAUUUAUAAAAAGACUUUUUUGAAUAGAUUCUUCUUUAAUUUUCCGUUUUUAGUUCCUUAGAAUAAACCUCUCAAAAACAAAAUCGAUCAAAUUAUAAAUUAUUCUUUCAAUUAUUAAAAAAAUUAAUCUAAAAAGUAUCUAUAGGUACUGGGUGGUGCGGUGUUGAGUAUGCCUGAUGAAAUUUUCGUUUUAAUUCUUAUUUUUAUUUGAAAUUUUCAUUUUUUAUCCAUUUUCUCCGUCCUCUCCCCAAUUUUAACGGUUUUUUCCAUUACCCAUUUUUUUGUAUGUGGUAUAAUUGUGCGAAUGCUUUAUAUAUGUCCCUUAUGAUUAAAUAAAUGUACAAAAGAAAUACCAA